AUGUUCAAUACUUCUCUGCGCCGCGUGGCGCGCACUUGCAGCAAUGCACCUUCAGUACCCUCUCGCCCGGCCGCUCCUACGAUAGCAUCCUUCGCCUCCAACACUCAUCAGCGGCGGCAUUCCUCUUCAAAACCGCCCAUACCACCCAAAAAUGGCUCUUCCGCAAUCCCAGCAGCUUCGGUAAAACAAGUCGGGGCUCCCCGAUCAGAGUCGAAGCGCCACGGCGCCGAGUCCCGCCUUUCGAAGAAGAGAUCUAAGGACAAGGUGGAGCACAAGGAUACCCAAGAUGACUGGACUUCCAGAUUACCCGCUGUCCCAAGUCUAGAGCACUUGAACCCUAAAGAUGUCUAUGUUGCCUCCUUCUUCUCAACCCAUCGACCCAUGUCGAUUUCCGGACCUGUGCCGCCAGAGGCAUCGAUAGAAGCAAUCGACAAAAUCUUCCAACCGAAACCCAAGUCAAGAUCACGCACUGCGUCUCAAGACGUGAUUUACACGCUCGCUUCGGCCGUGGAAGCUCUUGAUGAGCAUAUUGCUCAAAAGCAGGCCGAUCAACAUUCACAAAAUGCCGAGCAGAAGGCAGCUCUGAUUAAAGCUCUCAUGCAGCGCAAUGAGAACCCUGCUGAUCCUAGUCGAACACAUCACCUCGACGGUGCUCCGCAACCCAUCCACGUUCCGGGGGGCAAUAUCAAACUAGUUAUCCAAGAAAUCCAACGAAGGUUUCGGCCCUUCAAUGUCCCUCCUGUCCCUCGACCCAUCAGCGAUGCUGAGAUCAAUGCUAGCGAAGAGCAAUAUGCAGCCCAAGCUGAGAAGGAGGAAGAAAUGCAAGCCAAGGCGCUGGAAGUGGAAAUCGAACAACAAGAAUACAACGACCCUUACAUUCAACAGGUUGUUAUCAACAUUCCUCGAGAUUCAUCGGACCUACAAAAUGGAGGCUUUUUCACCGGCCGUGGCGCUCCUAUGAUGGAAAUCGAGAACCCAGAUGCAUCGUCUUCUGUGCAAGAGAUCGAGCAUCAUACGCCGUCGGGAAGAAACGGGAUGAUCGGUCGCCGAAGGCAGAUCGGCUCUACUCUAGGGAAGAGAAAGGAAGGGAUGUAUGCGAUCAGCGUUAAGAGACAAAGGCGACUGAAGAUGAAGAAGCACAAGUAUAAGAAGUUGAUGCGCAAGACGAGGAACUUGAGGAGGAAGUUGGGGCAGAUAUAA